ACCGUCCAGAAAAGCAACCGACGGGAUGACUUUGAGUGUUCUUGUACACUUCUUUAACAUUUUGUAACACCAUGAAAACAAAUUAGCAAACUCUAAAAGUGACAAAGUGUCGCCAAGAAAGGCCGUGAUGGAUUCGAGUUGUUUGUCCUCGGGAGUAAAGUUGGGAAACUACGAGGUGAAAAUGGAGAGCCCAGCUGAGUGAGAGUGGGGUGAGGAGGCUGGAUUUGGCAAAAGUUGGGAGUCCUGCCUUGCUGCUAGCAGGCUAGUUAGCGUACUUAGACACUUCGCUAUCUCGGCCUCCCUUCACUGUUCUUCAGCUUGUGAUUCUCCAGGGGAGCUGCUUCAUGUGUGGCUAGACCGCUGCUGACAUUGCAGCUUUUCCCAAUGGAUCAUAGCGUAGUUGAUGGUGGUCUUAUUUUCCCUGGAAGUUUUGAAUGAGUCCUGAGGACAACUUUGCAUUUUCCCCCUAAAGGCAGCUCCGGUUAAGCCUGCUUUAGAGAAGCUGGAUAACGCUCAGGCUAACGGCUCCCUUUCGGAUCAAACUUUUUUCUUCUUUUUUUUUUUUUUUGCCGUGAGCAUCCACACCGGCUGUAUCCAUUCCAUUUUCUCUGUACAUUAUCCUAUCUGAGAUGCAUCCUUGAUAACAUCUGACUGUGUGGCCCUGCUACAGGCCUACCGAAGCACACUGAAGACAACUAGUACCAGAGAUUUGCGUAAGCUGCAGGCCCAUUCAAGAUGUAUUCAUGAGCACUUGGGAGUUGUUAAACCAGACUCAAUCGCAUUCAUGUACUGUAACUGCUGAUACCAGCUCACUGGUACUUGAGUGGAUGUAAUCCGCUUUAUUCAUGAACCCUCAAGCUGAGUCUGGGUGCAGCCUGGAUGUUGCUGUUAAAUCGGCUGUGGCGGUGAUGAGGCAGGGCUCCUGGUGGCCUGUGUGGCUGACUGGGCAGUGGCCCAAGGUGAUGUGAUGGGGUGCCGGAACAGUAAGGUCCUCCCUGAGCCUCCAGAGGAUGUUAAGUUGGACCUGGUCAAAAAGGUUGAUCCUCAACCUCAGACAGAUAUCUAUAAGCACUUCAUACGAGGGGAUGGCUCUGGAAGCAAGAUGGGUGUGGCUGGUGGCGGAGCAGGUGACAAAGCAGAGAUCACCUCCCCACAUCAAGCCCAGUCUCACACUGACACUCCCACCGCUUCAGCUCACCUCCCUAAGGACCUGUCCGAAUUGCCGGAUCCUCAGCGAAGGAAAGUGGCGAAAUACAGAGCUAAGUUUGAUCCCCGGGUUACAGCCAAGUACGAGAUCAAAGCUUUGAUAGGCCGGGGAAGCUUUAGCCGUGUGGUCCGCGUGGAGCACAAGAGCACCCGACAGCCAUACGCAAUCAAAAUGAUCGAGACCCGGUACCGUGAGGGGAGGGAGGUGUGCGAGUCAGAGCUGUGUGUUCUGCGUCGUGUUCGUCAUACUAAUAUAAUCCAACUCAUGGAGGUCUUCGAGACAGCUGAGCGUGUCUACAUGGUCAUGGAGCUGGCCACUGGAGGAGAACUUUUCGAUCGGAUCAUCGCACGCGGCUCCUUCACAGAGCGGGACGCCACACGGGUGUUGCAGAUGGUGCUGGAUGGCGUCAAGUAUCUCCACACUUUGGGGAUCACUCACCGAGACUUGAAGCCUGAGAACCUGCUCUACUACCACCCGGGACCUGAUUCCAAGAUCAUCAUCACUGAUUUUGGUUUGGCCAGUAGCAGGAAAAAGGGAGGCGAGUGUUUGAUGAAGACCACCUGCGGCACACCGGAGUACAUAGCGCCUGAAAUCCUAGUGAGGAAGCCGUACACAAACGCUGUGGACAUGUGGGCGCUUGGGGUGAUUUCCUACAUCCUGAUGAGUGGAACCAUGCCCUUCGAGGACGACAAUCGCAUGAGGCUCUACCGGCAGAUCCUCAAAGGGAAAUACAGCUUUUCUGGAGAGCCAUGGCCCAGUGUGUCCAACCUUGCCAAAGACUUUGUAGAGCGUGUUCUGACAGUGGAUCCCAGUGAGCGACUUACCGCCGGUCAGGCCCUCAAGCACCCCUGGAUCGUCAGCAUGGCAGCCUCGUCGUCCAUGAAGAACCUGCAGCGUUGCAUAUCUCACAACCUCCUGAAGCGUGCGUCCUCACGCUGCCACAGCACCAAGUCAUCCCAGUCCACGCGCUCCAGCCGCUCAACCAAAUCCAACAAGGCUCGGCGGGUGAGAGAGAAGGAGCUGCGAGAGCUGAACCGGCGCUAUCAGCAGCAGUACGAUGGCUGAAGCAAGGCCCAACAGCCAGCGACUGUAGCGGACCUUCUUUCUUCUUCUUUUUUUUUUUCUUUAAACAACACAGCAAUGACUGAAGCUUUGAGUUGCUGCCAGUGUUUGGGGGGCAAAAGUGUCUUGAAGUCCCACAUUUCUGCCUUAAAACAAGGAUAAUGACUUGACUAAAUCCAUGACUCUAAAAUGACAAAGCUGAAAAGUAACUGAGACUGUAGAACAAGUCAGAAAGAUGACAAAAUCAUUCAACGUCUAUAGCAGUGUGUUGCAACUGCUCCAUCCACUCUUUCACAUUUACUUUUAGCAGGAUGGUGCCUUUCACUUUCCUUGUGUUCUCCCGUUCCCUGUGUCGCUACAUAUUUAUUUAUUAUUGUUGACAUGAUUAUUAGUCUCCAUUCAAAUGGUCACUGGAUAAUGACCUUCCACAAGGAUCUGUUGAACAGAGUUCUGGAUACUGACAUUACUAAGAGGAAAGAGAUUCUUCAGAAGAGGAGGGAAACACAUUCCUCUCACUCAUUUCUGAUUGCUGUGAAUUUAUUAUUGUGCUAAUUGUAUAGACUUUGAUUUGAGAUGUGGUUAAUCAUAUCGAGCUGCAACAUAAUCACACCGUUUUAGGCCAAAAUGAUUUAGUCAGUCCAAAGCUUAGCUACUCUUGCCAUUAUUGUUAAGAUCCUAAAACUAUCAAAAGAUUGUGAAGCUCUUUUUUUU